AUGAAGAUGACGAGGAUGGGCAAGAUACAAAUAUUGAUUGGAAGGCGUGAUCCGGUGCGAUACAAGACCAUGUAUCAAAUACCCGGAACUCAUCCAUGGCAAUUCCUUUCCGAUUAG